AUGCCGACUGUAAACGUGGAUAAAAAUGAACUUUAUCAGGUUCUUGGAAAGAAUUAUACGACGGACGAGUUUCGUGAAUUAUGUUUUGAAUUCGGAAUUGAACUUGAGGAAGACACUUCUGAAAAAGAAAUGGUUAGUAAAGAAGUUGGAGCAGCCAAAGCUGAGGGAUUAUCAGAACGGCCAAUUUUAAAGAUCGACAUCCCUUCUAAUAGAUAUGAUCUUCUUUGUCAUGAAGGUAUUUCUCGUGCCUUACUAAUUUUUCAAGAAAAGGCAAAUCCGCCAUCUUAUAAACUUGUUGAGCCAGCGGGUGAACAUGUACAAAUAUUGAUAAAGCCUGAGACUGCUCAAAUACGACCUCAUAUAGUUGGAGCUAUUCUUCGAAAUAUUAAAUUCACUGAAAGAAGUUAUAACAACUUUAUCGAUUUGCAAGAUAAAUUGCAUAACAAUAUUUGCAGAAAACGAACUCUGGUUGCAAUUGGAACUCAUGAUUUUGAUACAAUUAAAGGACCUUUUACUUAUGAAGCUCUUCCACCAAAAGAGAUAAAGUUUGCACCGUUAAAUCAAAAAAAAGAAAUGAACGGAGAGGAAUUAAUGAAUUUUUAUACGACCGAUAAACAUCUCGGAAAAUUUCUUCAUAUAAUCCGUGAUUCAUCCGUUUAUCCGGUCAUCUAUGAUGCAAACCGGAAUGUUUGUUCCUUACCUCCAAUAAUUAAUGGAGAUCUUUCAAAGAUUACAUUGAAUACGACAAAUGUAUUCAUUGAGUGUACUGCAACUGAUUUAACAAAGGCUAAAAUUGUUUUAAACACUGUUGUAACAAUGUUUUCUGAAUACUGUGAACAGCCAUUCACUGCGGAACCUAUUAAGGUCAUAUAUCCUGAUGGGACUCAAUGUAUUUAUCCGGAUCUUUCACCUCGUUCUAUGACUGUGAAAACUGAUUAUAUUAAUGCUUGUACGGGGUUAAGCCUUGAAACUUCAGAAAUAUUAACACUCUUAAAACGUAUGUCGCUUUCGGCUAAAGCUGCGAACGAAGAAGCUAAAAUCUUGGUUGAUGUACCGCCAACUAGAGCAGAUAUUUUGCAUGCAUGUGAUAUAAUGGAGGAUGUCGCUAUUGCAUAUGGAUUUAAUAGAAUUCCAAAAACUUUGCCAGGUUGUGCAACAGUAGGUAAAGCAUUACCUAUUAACAAAUUAAGUGAUGUUGUAAGAAGAGAAAUAGCGUUGUCUGGUUGGACGGAAGUUUUACCAUUGAUUUUGUGUUCGCACGACGAAAAUUUUGCAUUCUUAAACAAAAAAGAUGACAAUCUUACUGCAGUGAAAUUGGCGAAUCCUAAAACAGCGGAAUAUCAAGUUGUUCGUACUUCACUAUUACCAGGUGUAUUGAAAACUGUGAGAGAGAAUAAAAAACAUACUUUGCCAAUUAAAGUUUUUGAGGUAUCAGAUGUCGUUUUCAAAGAUAAUUCUUUUGAAAGGCUAUCAAGGAAUGAAAGACACUUUAGUUCGUGUGGUAUUUUGUGA